GGGCUUAAGCACAGGGAGGUCAUUUGAAAUUAUCAAGUCAAUUCUUUGUGUACAACAGUAACAGUAAUGCAUUUAAUUCAAGCACUAUUUGAGCUUUGUACGGUCCUGUACCUGACCUCUAGGUCAACUGCAAAAAUAUUGCAUUAUUCUGAGGCUUUUUUGUCUUUUUCUGGCAGAGGUAAGGACAGUGGAUAGAGCAGGAAACAGAGGAGAAAGCAACGAGUGAUAUGCAGGAAACGGACCUCAGGGUGGACUCAAACCAGGGCCACCUGGAUUUGCUGGGUGCACUUGGACAACAAGGCCAUUGGUGCCCCCUGACCACAAGAAAUUCAUCAUUCAAUUAAACAUUUUGGUGUUUUCUGAAAUAUAUUUAUACAUUAUUAAUACUCAUGUUUGAUCUUUUUUUUCUUCCAUAGAGUGACUUUUGCAUUAUGUGUUUCAUGAAAUGUCUGUGCAGUUGACCUCCAGCGCCACCGUAGAUUUCAGGCUCCCCCAAGCACUGUUUAUACAGAUAAACAAGACUGACCUCUGUAGAUAAAUUACCGAGAGCACUUGUAGACAGUUGUAAAUGUGUCAUCUGUAAUGUAUCCAGUCACGUGAGGGAUUAGAUUAAUCUGAAGUUGGUUAACUGGUUUAAAGGUUUAUGUGUGCUAUCUUUAUGUGUGCUAAGUUUUGCUUUUUAACAAAAUGACUGCUCGGGUUAAAGAGCUGAGUAAAAGCGCACCUGAGACCGCAUCACAUCUGAUUGAAAUAUUAAUGCGCAGUAUCAAAACAUCUGUUACACAGUCGUGUGGUGGCAAACUAUUGUUUAAAAUCUGACUGACUAAUCAAUACAGCUUAGAGGAAAAAGCCCAAUGAUGAAUUCAGAAGUCAUGCUGUCUUUUUAAAGCAGUGUUGUUUCCAUGAAAGCGUCCGUGCUUUGCAGUGAUUUGAGGAGUCUUUCUCUCUGCCUAACAGCGCCUCUUAGCUGUGCUGAAAUCGCUGUGAAUCACUGACUGCAUCGAUAGGCUUAUUGCUGGGUUUCGGACUUGCCUUGUAUAGUCAACAACACCGUCUCCUGCUAAACAACCACUGCUGUCACACGCAGGCGUGAAAUCUGACGUGAUGCUCCAGCCACCGUCCCAUUCAAACGUUUCUCGGGAUCCUCCCUUCAGACAGUCGUGCGUAUGCGCCGCUAACGACACAACGGCAUUGUCAGAGCAGUAUUUAAACGCAAGCCACCGAUUAACAGAGAGAGAUCAAUAGGGAACUUGAUCUUGAUUGAUUUUCUGCGGCAAUGUAAAGAUGGCGAGAGUGCUCCACAACUUGCUGUUAUUUCUAAUCAGACUUGCGCUGAAAAUCAGAGUUUUGGGGUAUUGGUCGUUGAUAUACGGUUAUUGUGCUCUUUGCACCGUCGUAGCCCUGCUGAAACUUUGGUGGAACAUCAUCUUGAGGCCGACGGCAACCUUCCAAUGGGUGAUUCGUGAAACUCCCCCGGCUUGUCUGAAUGACACGUCCUUGGGAACCCACUGUUAUGUUAGGAUCAAGGUAAGACGCACUCAUUCACUUGGACAUGAAAGGUUGUCUGGUCACUGUGAGAGGGGGAAAGCCCAUUGUGUGCGUUUGUGUGUGUUAUGAGCGUGCCUGGCAUGCUAGGAUGCUCAGAGGGAACAACACCUUGAUUUGCAGUGUUGCGUCGUGAAAAGACAAACAGGCCUGAUCUGUGGUCAGAUUGGGAAGCGACUGUUUAUUUUUUGGAGACGUUUUCGGUGGAUUCGCUGGUCGCUUGUACUGCGCUCAGGUGGUGCUGAAAGAACAGCUCCUCCGCCUCUACAUGCGGCGAGCUGCCAGCCUUUAACUACCAACCUGUGCUCAACAUUAUGCAAUUAAACACCCGGGCAUAUCUGUCACAAGAACCUGCUGAAGCCCCGUGUCUGCCGGGCUUCUGCUUAAAUUAACUGGAAAAGUCAAAGUACCGAGUGUACAGCUGUUGAAGUCCUGCACUUCAAAACAUGUUGUGUACAGCGAGUAAAUGACACAUCAAGUACCAAAAGGGUUCAAAUUCCGUUUCAUCAGUGCGUCAGUUUUAUAUAAUUAGUCUGUAACCAAUUAUGGGUGAUCCAAAAUAUAUGGUUUAUGGCUAUUAGGUGUAUUUUUAGUGAAUUCUGUGCAUUCUCUGUUGGGCAUUUUCAACUACUGUAGUUCAUUUUACAAUUCAAUCACGUAAAGUAUUUGACUAAAUUUGUAGUGUAUCCUCUCACUGUUGCCACUGUAAAAAUACAAUGCAGUCAAAGAGAAAGUGGACCUUUUUGUGUCUGAGAAACAAACAAUAAGAAACAUGUUAAUAAUCAGGAAAUAUGUAGAUAAAUAUGGGCUGGACAUUGUUACAAUACAGUAUAACCAUAGCUAUUGUUUUCAUACAAUAAACGGCUAAUAUUGUGAUAUUUACUUGUCCAAAACCAAAGAUUGAAGCAGUGAUAAUUCAGUUCUGGCCAUAUUUGGUUUUAUGUGUGAGUCUCACAUAAUUCAAAUAGAACCAAAGCUUGUUUUUUUUUUAGAGUUAAUAAAAAUGGGCAUUAACUGUGUUAACAGUGUAUUGCAACAACAAAUUCACAACACAGUGACUGGUCCAGCAUGCAUAAUAUUGCAUGUUUGUCAUCUGUGUUUUGAUCCAAAAGAACUAAGACAUCACUUUAAUUACAUUUUUAUAUUCUCAAUCCAUGCAGCUACACUUAAAGAGGUGGUAUUAUGUUUUUUUUUUUUUUUCAUAUUUAAUACAACACUUAUCUGUUGAUGUUUUUGCCUCUUUCCAAGUUUUCGAGGUCAGAUUUUUGCACAAAAAAUGUAUGUCAUAACUUGGCAUUUUGCCAAUAACAUUACAGCAUUGCAACAGUGGAGGAGGCUUCCAGAGUGCAAUGGGUUGGGAAGAGGCUUAAAGAGACAGUAGCUGAAAUGAUAAGUGAGAUAACUGAAGAAUCUUUUGAACCCUUGAUUCUGUAAAGCUACUUAACGCUACUCUGCAAAGACAUUACAAUGUGCGGACUUCAUUCACUGUGUCCUGAAAGUGUAAACAUUCAAACAUUUUUUUUAAAUGCCAUUGUUUUUUCCUCCCUCCCAGGAGUCUGGUCUUAGGUUUCACUAUGUUGCUGCAGGAGAGAGAGGAAAGCCACUCAUGCUGUUCUUACAUGGCUUCCCUGAGUUCUGGUAGGUCACAGGGAAAGUUGGGGGGGGGGGCUGCGGUAACAGUAUUAGCGAGCUCCACUGCACUCAGACACAGCAGACAACCCAUCUGUAAAACUCUGCUUGUUCAGCCGCCUGAUAUUUGUUGCACUGGUCACUUACAUGAGUAUUCCAUGCCCCUGAGAUUCCCGGUUAGGGUCUAGUCCCUGUACUCCGUCUCCUGGGCUGAAAAAAAAAAAAAAAAACACUCAUCUAUCCAAGGGGAUAUGGUUUGCAAUCAGGAGAAAUGGUUCACUGCAAUCUAGACUUCUCCCUUCUGAUAUGUAAUGAAAAAUGACAUUUAGUAUUGCUCCUGGAUUUGGGCCAGAGAGGUUGUCAGGAGCUGUAAGCCUGUCCAUAUCUCAAACAUAAAAUCUGAGCUGCGGACUGAACUGGGAUUAAUUAAUGAUAGAGGCGAGCUCUUUCUGCUUCACUUGCUGUAUAUUCAUCACAAGAAUGAUGAACUGUGCGGAGAGUGACAUGGGUGGAAAGAACUCUUCACACUUACUUAAUACGUGCUAAUUCCCUCUUUGAAAUGAGAAGUGUAUCUAUGCAUCAGAGGGAGGGUGCAGGGGUCCGAGGGGCUUACUUUGCUUUAAACCUCAUCUGUAUUCUAAGAUGGGAGCUGAGUGCAGGGAUCUUAUACUGACUCAUCAGAAUCACAGUCACUGGCUCUGCAUUCCACCCUGCCCCCCCACACACAUACACAUUCACAUACACACCCUGACGAUGAAGAGGUGGAUGGGGGAUUUCAAUCCUGAUGAGGAGCAUUUACAGCAGACAAGAUCUUUACUUAGAGAGUCAGCCCAGCCCACUUGAUCAAGGGGUGUCUGGAAUCUAAAAUAGCCUUUGUUACAAUGAAGUGACCUUCAUCUUUUCAGAAAAGUGGAGUCUGAGCUUCAGAAAAGUUUUCUGUGUUAACAACAUCUCAAAAAUGUUUGGCAUGGGUUUACAGAGGCACUUUAAGAGCCCUCCAUAAAAGCUGGACACCAUAGCACUGGGGAAUGCUGCUAAGUCUGUGAAUCACUUGCAGAAUUUGUAGCUCAAUAGAGAUUACAUAAAUCCUACAAAGAUACCCAAGAUUAUGUAGACUGAGCUUGGGGACUCCGAGCUAAUUGUUUACAUGAAAGUCUUGGCUGCAUGCUAGGGAGUUGGAGUUUGAGGAUUAACUCACAAACAUUACUGAAUUGAGUUUUGAGUGAUAAAAUUCCCAGUUUUUUAGGGGUACUGAAAGUCAGAAUACUUUGGUUUUUGCAGCAUUGAUAGAACAAUUCUUCAAUUCUUCUCUUUUCAGUAUCAUAUGAGUUCAUCCUAAAAGAGCUAUACAUUUGGAGAUGCUCUCACCCAGUCAUCCAGUUAUUACAAUUUGGUCCUUACUAAAGUUACUCAUGAAUUUUUCCUGCUUCCAACACGUCAACUUUAAGGGCAAAAUAUUCUCUGACUUCCCCACAUACCCCACUAUAAAAACUCAGCGGUCAUAAAGGUACAGCUGAUUGGUGUAUGUUGCUGAGAUACCUCUCUAAAUGAUGAAUGACUUGUAGCUACCAUAAAAAAGAGGGCCAUCUUUUUAAGUAUAGGAGCACUGAUGUCAUCUUUACAUCUGUUUAUUUGCCUCAGGUUCUCCUGGCGCUACCAGCUGCGGGAGUUCAAGAGUGAAUUCCGUGUGGUGGCCAUCGACAUGCGGGGCUAUGGAGAGUCUGACCUGCCGCUCUCCACUGAAAACUACCGCUUUGAUUACCUGGUCACAGACGUCAAGGACAUUGUGGAGUACUUGGGUGAGAGAACUGUUUGUCUAUACAGUUGAAAAAAAAAUCUCAGAGGGUACAGACACUGAUUUGACAGUGUGUUGAGUCAGAAAUAAACUUGUUUAUGAGUUUUAAGCUGUGGACAGCCCUCAGGCUUGCAGCAUGCCAUGACAAACUUCCUGUGAGUCACUCUUUCUGAACAUGGGACAUUGUGUAGAUACAGAGCCCACAGCCUGCUGACUGAAUGCUAACAUUAGCAGGGAGCUAGCCUGAAGCAGUCUGCUCACACCAGCAUCCUCUAAUGAUCACUUGGCCAGAAUUAUAUUUUUUGCUCUUUUCCUGGUGAGCAAAUGACAGACUAACUCUGGUUGCAGACUGUAGGAGACAUUGCGUCUGAGCACUGAAAUGUCACUGGAGAUUGUCUAAUGAGUUCAUGUACUGUAGUAAGUGUCUGGUAGCUCUAUCUUUGUCCUCUCCUUCACACUUGUCACCUCGUAUCCAAGUGUGUUGCAGCCACUGUUUCAGCACUAAUUACAAGAUUGCUGAAAUAAUUUAGAUGGUCAUGUCCUGACUUUGAAACACAUACACACUGACCUUACUCAGCCUACUAACUUACAUAAUAUGCUGAGGGAUAAUUGUGGUUCUCUACGACUUGUCUUUGUUCUUAAGUUAUCAAUUUGUCCAUCAUUCCUAUAAUAGUUCUCCCUUUUUUGAAAAAUCAGGUUCAAAUGACCACAGAACAUGACAUGCUUAAGUUUCAAACCCCAAAGGAGGAGGAGAAGAACUUUAUUGAUCCCCGAAGACUUAAGUUACUAUUUUAUUGUGUUAUGGUUUAAGUAAUAUGUGUAUAGAGGACUAUAACAUCUAUGAUACUUAAAUGUACAUAUCUCAUGUGUUUUUGAUCAGACAUAAAGGGUAAUAACUGUAAUUCAUUUAUGAAUGCUCAUGUACUUUAUGCCACCCUUGUAAAAGCCAGAGCCCCAGUUUGGCCAGUCCUUUCAAAAAGCUCUAUCUACACCCCUGCUGAACACUACUCAGUGCUUACAACUUUAGUGCAUGUACACAUUAUGAUUCUUUAGUUAGCUUCUUACAGAAAUAGCUACAUUAUUUUGCAUUAGUGUUCAUUUUGACGUGUUAAAUGCCACUCAAAUAUCAAUCCUCCUGAUGUAAUUUUUUAAUGGCUAAAUGCUCCUCUAUGUUUGCUAGCUCACUGUUUACUUUGCCUGUCUGCUGCUGAGUGCUGAGUCUUUAGAGGCAUCUGGAAAUAGCCUUGAUGAGAACUGUUAGACUGAAUUUGAUCAACCUUUUGACUCGUGCUUCAAGUUCAUUAUUUUGUUACUUAACGUCAGCAUCGCGCAGAAAAGGCUUUAAACUCAGAGGAUGUGCAGAGUCAUGUUAGGUUAAAGGUCUUUUUUGGUUUAUCACCAAAAGUAAUACUUUCCUCAUUUAAGCUAAAACCCAUUGUUGGUUAGAUGUAUUGAAGAGUACAGCUGAAGUCCCCCAUUGCUGCACAGGGGCAACAUUAUGGUCUGCAAAUAUUCCUAAGCAGUUUUUGAACACAUUCAACAUUAAAAAUUUAAAGUGCUUAUGAGAGAGCUUCAUCGUUAAUGCUUUGCAGCUUUUUCUCGUUGUUCUAGCUGUCACUGUUGAUUUCUCAACAGGCUUUCAGGAGCUUUGCUCUCAAUAAUGCAUUAAAGUUAUUUUAGUGAAGGUGGGAGGCAAUCAUUGAUCAUAUGAAGAAACCACUGGGCUCUGGUUUGAAAUUGUGCCUCACAGAGCACUGUGAAAACCAACUGUUAGAGCCCACAUGGUUUCCAUUACACCCAACAGUUUGGUUUUAACCACACAUGCCAAGUAAGGCAAUCAAAUAUCAUUAGAUGGGUUUUCGUGCAGAUUCUUUUUUGGGCCCUCCUUCUUGCCCUAUAGCGAGUGUACACACAUUCAUGUUGUCUUUCCAUGCAUACUAACACGCCCAGACACGCAAACCACUCCAAAUAAUCCUAAAGCAGACAUUGUCACCUUGAGGAAACACAACACACUGCUCUCAUCCAACCCAGCUUUGGUCAGAACCACAGACAGCAGCCAUGGCAACACAUUUAUCUCCACUAACAGCCUGUUUCAAACCACCACAGUCUUCAGGAACCAAACAUCAGAAGUUUUAAACAACAGGGAGCUGACACUGUAUGAUGAUGAGCAUCCAUACAAAAGCUAAACACCUACUCAUUGUUGAUGAUAACGUUUAAACUUCACCCAGCCUUAUGACAAAGAGUAAUCCAGGAACACUGAUCAGAGGUCCAUCCUGUAGGCCAUGUGCAGCCAUACUAUAGCAAGAAAGUCUAUGACAACUUUAUUUAAGCAUGGCUCUGCUCUUCUGUAUUGACAGUUCAGCCAGUCUGCUGAGUCUAUCCUGCCCCAUGUUUCUUCUUCAUUCCAUUCCAUUUUAUUUAUAUAGUACAUUUAGGAGAAAAACAACAAAGUUGUACCAAAGUGCUGUACAAAAGAGGAAUAAAAACAAAGGUAUAACAAUAAAACAGAAGAAGACAGGAGAAUAUUAUUUAAAACAUGCAAUAAAAUCUCCUUAGAAUAGUGCAUCGACUCAUGCAGUGUUAAAGGCCAGAGAUUUAAAAACAGGAACAGAGGAGGCCUUUCUAAAAUGUAACAGCAGCUCAUUCCACUCCCACUUCUUCAAGUUAUCUGCUUAUUUUUAUGUGGAGUCUUUGCAAGGUUAGCAAAAAACCUUGGUUCAAGUUUCAUUUGGUGUGGGGUCAUAAGGUCAAUGGAUGUACACACAACCUUUAUAAUUUUUGAGAGACGAACCAUCAUAUUAAGGAGAUGAUUGUUUAAAAAGGGAGUAAAAUUUAGUUUAAGGCCAUUUAGAUAGCCACAAAGAAAAAUGUAUUGACUCAAGAAUGAGUUGGGUGGUAUAAAUAAAUCUUACAUGCUAUGAAGUCUCAAGGAGUUUAUACAGUUAGCAAUAUCCCAGGUCAUUAAGAGCAGACUGCCUCUCAUAUGACAUUAACAGUGACAGAUGCAAAUGCUUAUCAUGGGUCCCCUUGUGCGCCACCUGCAGUUACACCUCUGGUUGCAGUUACAUUAUUUGGGUUCAACUGAAGUAAGCUCAUCAAUAUUUGUACAGUAUCUUUAAAACUGACAUGCAGCACAAUAUGUUUCACACUGCAGAGAAUGAAACAACACAAAUGGAGAUAGUAAGAGAAAACUGACGUCAGACUCAAUGAGUAAGUGCAUAAUAAUUAAGCACCAGAGGUAAAAUUGGCUAUCAAACAGUGAUUAAAAAACUGAGUCACAGUCUGUAUUCUGCAGCAUUCCUCCAAAUUAAAAGUCAGAUUAAAGAGAUAGGCCUGUAAUUCCUAAUUAAAAAAACUGAUAGAGCCUGCAACUCUAAUACCCAGAGGUGAUGAGUUGCACAGUUUGGAGCCAUAAAAACAGGAGGUAUUUACACUCACAUAGGAGAAACAAUUAAAAGAGGAGCUGCAAAGGACAUUUGAGAUCUGGCUGGAACAUAAAAUUAAUAGAUCUUUGAUGUAGGAAGGAGAAAGGUCAUUUAGCGCUCUAGAGAGAAGUAAAGAACAUUAAAUUUGGUUUUAUUGCUGUGUUUUACGCUGUAAGGUAAUAGCAUCUAUUUUGUUUUUCAAAUGUAAGAUUCAACUGCAGCAUUUUAAAAUACUUUUAAAGGGAAAGGGGAGGUAGGGGAAGGAGUGAUCAUACCAGAUUCCAUCCCUCUGCACCUGAUGUGGUUUGAUCAGUAAAAUUAUGUACCUCAAUAAAUUUGACUGUUUUAUGUUUCUGUAUUUUUUAUUCAUAAUGAGGUAUGCUUUCAGGUGAUAAAUGUGUGUUAUGCCAUAGAUGCAAGGGGAGAGGGAGAUAGCGCAAGCUAAGACAUUUUCACAACCUAAUGUUAUUUGAUAAUAAAUGUAACUCACCUGCAACCAAUGCCAUGGAUGGCAACUUUUUUCCAAAGAAAGUUUGCAAGAAAGGAUUAAAUAAUGAGCUAUUCAAGUUACUACUGGAAGAUAAUAACACUGAAAACAUCUGAGGUACAUUUUAAUCAGUGUUUAAAAUCUCUCUUUAUGCUGUCAGUGCACAUUUAAAUUCAUCUGACCCCAAAAAGUAAGAUAAUAUUCCAUCAUCAUUUUCCACUAAAGUGGCUUCCAGCCUUGGCUAUAACACUGGCCAUUUGUAAAGCAUGGCAUGCUUGUAUGAUUCACACUUGCAGCAGUAUAAACGGCGCCUGCAGAGAUAAGGGGAUUAGAACUAUAUUGGCACUAACAUGAUCAGAAUUCUUCAGGCACAUGCCCUGACCUUGGUCUGCAUUUGGCAGUAUGUCGUGAAAUACAUUCAUUUGAUGGGUGUAAAUGUCCUCUGAGGGAGGAAGCCAACAAUCAAGACAUGUGAACAGUAUGGGUUUUUUUAGGGCACUGACAUGCUUUUAUAAACAACAACAUCAGCAUGGACACCCUGUUCUUUUGUUAGUUACAGAAUCCUGUCUUCUGUUAGGAAAAAAAGCUUUAUCAUGUGUGUGUACUGUUUUUUUUCAAAGGAUACAACAGAUGUUGCCUUGUUGGCCACGAUUGGGGAGGCACCAUAGCAUGGCUUUUUGCCAUUCACUACCCUGAGAUGGUGACAAAACUCAUUGUUCUCAACUGUGCCCAUCCUUCAGUUUUCUCAGGUAUGGUUGCUCUUUGUGCAAAAAAAUGUUCUCCCAGAUGAUGAUAGUCUGUCACAAUGAAAGGAAAUCAUCUUUAUUCAUGCUAAUUAGAGAGUCUCUGGUUUGGCUCUUGGAUUAUUAUCAUAAUUAUUAUCAUUAAUUAGGAAGUAUUAUUACUUCAGUUCAAUGUAUGCAUCCAUCUGACAAUUCCUCCUCUGCCUUGAGGCAAAGAAGAUAAGAGGCUAAUUACAGGAGGCUAAUGUGGAGAUGGAACAGCUGGUUUAGCUGCUGCAAACAGAGAGGCAAAGUCAUUGAGAGUUAUCACAUACACAACCUCACAGCAUGUGCAUAGUUGGCGCUAGAAUUAAUAUUGAACUUCUCCCUGUCUCCUCUCCUUCAGAUUACGCUCUGCGUCACCCGAGCCAGCUGCUGAAAUCCAGUCAUUUCUUCUUCUUCCAGCUGCCCCGCUUCCCAGAGCUCAUGCUCUCCAUCAAUGAUUUCAAGGUGGUCUGUUGUGUGUGGGCUUAAGCAGUUUCAAGGUCAAGGUUGUGUGUGUUUGUGUUGUUGUGUACGGUGUGUGUUCAUGCAUGCAUGUUUAUAUGCCUGUUUUUCUAGUGUCAGGCUAUUUUAAGUGUUUGCAUCAGUGCCACUGAAAAUAACACGCUGUUAUAGAGGUCAGAAUAAGUGAAUAAAAACACCAACCUACACCGUAGAAUUGGUACAUUUUAUAUAAUAAAUAUAUAAGAUGAAAGGAUGGAUCAGUACUAAUGCAUAUUUCCUUAUCUAAACUCAAUUUCUGUUCAUAUUAAGAUGUGUAAAAAAAUGAUAAGAUAAACAGACAUUAUAAGAGGAUCAGUUUUGUUGACAAAGAGAAGGGGGACAGCACAGGUUUUCAAUUCGAAUAGGCAACAAAUAAUGCAAGUUUGGGUUUUACUGGUAUUAGGUUAAGUUCUCACCAAAAUAAACAAAUACUCAUAAGAGAAUAUUUUAAGAUGGUAGUUUGUGAUGGGCUUGUUCAAAAUGUAAAAAUAUCCUCAAAGCUCCAGGGCAUUUUGUAAGGUUUAGGCCAGAUUUAAACACUAUUGUUGCACAUGACAGUAUGAAUGUUAAGUAGCCGACAGAUUGUGACCAAGAGAUGUCUUCACCAAGGUCAAUAUUAGCAUGCUCACACACAGAAAUAUUAAAUUACAAUAAUGAGUGAAGUGGGAGGAUGGUUCCCUGAUCAUCUAUGAACCUAUUGGUCAAAGGAAAGAGAGAAGAGAGGAGGACUAUGAAUAAUGGGAAAAGUGGUGCAGGGGAAGAAGGUGGAAAAGAAAAAAAGUGGUCAAUGUAAAAAAGAGGAUGGAUUUAUUCUGGCUAGCAAAUCAAGUUUGACCUGAUUCUAUGAUUUCAGUUUCUUCAAAACUGCUGUCAGAGGGUAGACAUCAGCCGAGCAACUAAAGAAGCAGCCUCCAGGUCUUUGUUUAAAGGGCAGCUGGACUUGUUUGAGGUUCUUGAAGACAAUUCGCCUCUCUUCCAGAAAGCUUCUUCAGUUCUUAAGUGACUGGGGCCAAAGUUGAAAAUGGAUUGCCUCUGUUGGUCCCCCAGCUGUAAAAUGGGUGGGCGGUCACAUGAGAGUCAUUAGCAGUGUUGUUGCUUGGUUUCACCUGGGGAGGUACUUUUCUGGCUUUCUUCAGUUUUGCUAUGCUGAAGUCUGUGAUUUAGUAUAAAAUCGUUGUUUCAAUUGUUGUUGAAAAGAAUCCAAAGCUGAAUUGUAAGUAGAGGAUAAGAAGUGCCUUAGUCCACCACCUCUGUUCAAGUUGGACAAAGAUGGCCUCCUUACCACCUCUUUCAAACCAUUGGUCUUCCCUGGCCAGUACCAUUACAUUGCUGUUCUCAAAGGAAAGUCCUGUAUCCUUCAGAUGUAAGUGAACAGCUAAGUCCUGACCAGAAGAGUUGGCUCUUUUGUGCUGGACCAUGGGUUUAUGUAAUAGCUGUUUUGUUCCCCUGAUGUACGAGUCCCUGCAUUCUGCAGUCAUUUCACAGUGUACACCACAUUGUUCUGCUUGUGUCUGGUGGUUUUGUCCUUAGGGUGGACCAGCCUCUGUUGCAGUGUGUUGGUGUGUUUGAAGUGUACUGGGAUGUUGUCUUUCUGGAGGAUCCUUCUGAGUUUCUCUGACAGUCAAGACAAGAAGGAAAUAACAGUUUCUCCAGUUUCUAAGUAGACUUGAUGACUGCCCACUAGAGGUACCCACAUGUUUUAGGGCUUCCCUGAGGUUUUGGUGUUCCUUCUUCUUGCCUUCAUCGUAGUUGGUAUCUUCCAUCAACAGGUUCGGGUAUUACCGCGAUGACAGGCACCAACAACCUUACGGCCACGACACUGACUAGCCACCUCAACAAUUGAGGCAUGGAACAUGUCCCACUCUGUCCUUUUAGUGUACAGUAUUUUAUUUGUCAUAAAGGAUCUUGUGAGCUGCACUUUGUCUGGUCCUUCACCCAUGUAUUGUUCAUGCAUUUAUUAAAAGAAAAAGGAGGGAAACAAUGUGAUACAAUUCAAAGUUGAAUAGGUAUAAGUAAAUAAGGAUGAAAUAUAAAAUAGAUCUACACAAAAGGUAAAACAUAUACAGGAUGAAAAAUCACAAGUUCUUUUGCUUUUUUGUCCAUUAAAAAAGUGUGGAUUUGUUGGGCACCACUUCUUUGUAUUUUUUGAUUUGAUUACAGUAAUAGCCUCAUGUCAGCAGUAUAUGCAUUUUUGUUUACUGGCAGAGAGUAGAUGACAAGAUUUUUACCACAAUAAUACCUGCUACAGCCAGGAGCAUAUUAACUUGGCAUAGCAUAUAAACUUAAUGCAUGGUUUAAGGUUAAAUAUUCACGUACAAUUAACGUAGCUUGACUCCAGUUUACAAAGGAUGGAGGUAAAUGAUUUCUGCAUAUUUUGUCAUGUUCAAAGGACUUGUCUCUUAAAAGUCAUAUAACGUUAAAUUUUCCACACACUGUGUUUUGAUAUUUGCAUAUUAAAUAGAAAAUUGAUACUGUUCAACUAUUCCUGUGUUGGCGUUUUUAAAAGCUAAAGCACAGCAUGCAAUGUUGUCAAGCCAGCAGUAAGUCAGGGUGCCAGAGCUGCGAUCCAAGGUCACCAGAGCUAAUUUCACCACAGAAGAACUUUUCUGACUCAUAUUUCAUCGACUCUGCUGCCCUUUUUAUAAAUGUCUUCUACUGUAGAUCAAAUUCUGGCAGUAACAGAAACUUACCUCAGUGUUUGCUGUGUCUUCUAUCUCUGCUGCAGGCUCUGAAGGCCUUGUUCACCAGCCGAAACACAGGAAUUGGAAGGAAAGGCCGAUGGCUCACUGCAGAGGACUUAGAGGCCUAUCUGUAUGCCCUCUCACAGCCAGGAGCUCUGACUGGGGCCCUUAACUAUUACAGGAAUGUCUUCAGGUAAAAAUCUGAGCAGAAGAUUGCAUCAGUGGUCUUUUGAUAUUAGGAAAAAUAGUGUCAACAGAACUUUUAAAACCAUUUCCUAGGCUAAGAAGUUUUUUGAGGCAUUAAAGAGAUACAACAUAAAAGUAAAAGUAUUGUUUUUUGGAGCAAGCUCUUUUAGUGUCAGAAGUUCAAGCCCUGCUUGGUGUUAGACUACCAUAGAUUUCAAUACUAAAUCAUCAUUUAUGAGGCACUUAUAUUCAAGUAGCACUAGUAGCACUUUUUUGUAGCCCGAAGAAAUAUUUACUAUGUAACAAAUCAAUAGAGGAGCUUGCCCCAUUUCAUUGGACAUGAAUUAUAUCAAAGCUUCUGGUGCAGGCAUGCUGUUGCCAUUGGAGACCAUUACAGUGUCAGUACACUACUCUAAGAUGCUUAUGAAUUAGUCUCUUUGUUUAGUUAUAGUACAGUGUAAUGACAUGGUUGCUUGAGGACAGUUAGUGUACUUUUUAAAACUUGAUUUGAAAUGCAUGUAAUGGACCGACAUAGGUUUGUUGUUUAAUUUAAAUUUAGUAGCGCCAUCUGCUGUUAGAGCUCAAAAAUGAAAAACAAUCCUUACCCUCUUCUUAGGCCAAAGUGGGGUGAAAUAUUUAUAUUUAUACUCACAUUCAGUCUCUCACGCAAUACGUGACUAGCUGGCCAAGAGUGAUCGUCACGGAUCAGAUCAAAGAAAGUAUUAGUGCAUGCACUUUUAAACAUGUGAACUGUACAUGCAUGGCUGGACAAGCCAUCUGCUCCAUUCUCAAGCCCUGCAUUAUCUCAGAAUAGCUUUUAUAUGCUUACGUAAAACAAAUAUCACUGACCCAUGCCCAAUUAGCCUCUUCAAAAUACAUACUGUACCUAGGCCCAGGGGACACAAAUGCCCAGAGACAUCCAUCAACUUUUUUUUUUAUUGCCCAGGACAGAUUAGAGGGGAGUGAAACAUUUAAGAACAUAUUGUUGGCAUGGUAUAAGCUGUAUAAAACUCACAAUAUAGAAUAUAGAUAAGAGUUUGAGCUCUAAAGAUAUAUUUCACAAUAUGUAUGAGCUGUCUAUGAUAAUGAUGAUACAGACUGUUAGUCAACUGAGUUCCAGUUAAAUCUCAGCUAAGGGUUGUAUAAAUCUACCGAUAUUUAUACACAUGGGACAUUUUUAUUCAUUUUUCAUCUCAUCUUAGUCUUUCUUUCUAUGUUUCAAUUCCUCCAGUCCACCAUGAAGCUCAAAAAAGUUACAAAUCUAUUCAAGAAAUACAGAAAAAAAAAACACAAGGUUGGAUCCUACAUUUAAAAUAUUAAACUGGAGAUUUUAAGCAUAUGCUAUUCAGUCUGAUUAGUCUAGUUUACUCUAUUGUAUUCUGUUCUAUUCUACUCUACCCUAUCUGAGUCCACUCUGUUUAUUUCCAUUCAAUUUAAUUCUAUUCCUCUUGUGUUCCAUGCUGUUUUAUUCUAUUCAAGUCUAUUCUAUUAUUUUCUUUUCUAGUCUAAUCAGUUUUAUUCUAUUCUAAUCUAUUCCAUUUUAUUUUACUCUAGUCUAUUUUUGUGUACUCUAGUCUAUUCUAUUUUGACAGUAACUUCAAAGAUCGAUUGUAUUAUUUGUAAAUUCUCUGUAAUGAACAUCGUCUCUUGAUCUCUAGUGUAUUAAACCCCUUGUAUUUUCUCUGUGUUUACCUAGCUCCCUCCCCCUGAGCCAAAACCACGUCAGGUCCCCAGUGCUGCUGCUGUGGGGAGAGCGCGACGCCUUCUUAGAGCAGGAAAUGGCAGAGGCAUGCCGCCUCUACAUUCGGAAUCAUUUCCGUCUCAAUAUAAUCUCUGGCGCCAGUCACUGGCUGCAGCAAGACCAGCCUGAUAUAGUGAACACCCUCAUAUGGACCUUCCUAAAGGAGGGAGAGGGACGCAAAAGCUACAGGAACUAAAUCCACAGAGAGGCCUCCUACUCCUCCUCCGGCCCCCCCUCCCCCUCCCCUCCCCCCUGCCACACCUGGAAGCCUGGAAUAUGCCUGUGAUAACAAGCAACAUAGUGAUAAUGCAAUCAUUCUUUGAAUCUUUCACAUUUCAGAUAUUUUUUAAAGACGUCGCUAUAGGAAAGAAUCAAAGCACAUGUCACUGGAGAGGACACUGGGGCAGUUUGUGUGGCACAUAUUCAAGAUGUUUUUUGCACAUGACAUCCGCCUUAAAGUUUGUCAGUUACAGCAUUACAAAUGUGUGGCAAAAUCUCCUUUGUGACUUGUAUUGUGUGGUGCCUUUUAACUAUCAAGUUGUCGCGGUGUAAAGAUGUCCUGAGAGACUGGGAUAUGGUGUCGUCUGCUGUACUGUACUCUGCUGUCUCAUCGGGUCGCUCCACUCUUCUUUGGGCACAGUCCUUUGGGAGCCAUAAUGCUCCAGAUCCCUUUAUCAGGUAGUGUUGUCUAAAGGAGGUUUCUUUUUUGUAAUUUUUCCUCAGAGAUACUUGCUCAGUUGUAGAGAAUGUUGUUAUCUUGACCUUCAUGUAUAGAAAUGUCAGUGAUGGUUGACUAUUGUACUAUUUUGUAUCUAUUCCUACACACUGCAUUUUGAAAUCCACUGAGCCAGGUCUACACCAUUUGAUUUUAUAAAUAAACUAGGUGUCAAACUGUU